GGCCAGCCGAGACUGCGAGUGCUGAGAAGGCGACUGCAGAGUGCCGAGGCGACAGCAGAGCAGGGCCGGGUAGUGGCGCGAGGUUGUCUGGGAAUUGACUUGCUCUCUGUGUAUCAGUUUCUCUCGUCUGUGAAGUGGAGCCUAGGGGUAGCUUUCCUCCGUGAGGUGGUGAGGGAUCCUGCUCUCUCCCAGGCCACUGUGGACAUGUGCAAGGGGCCCACCCCUUGGUCCAGAUGACACUCAUGUCGAUGGCUUCAGUGAUGGCGGUGACUGAACCAAAAUGGGUCUCAGUCUGGGGCCGCUUCCUGUGGGUGAUACUGCUGAGCAUGGUGCUGGGCUCCCUGCUGGCCCUGCUGCUGCCACUGGGGGCCAUGGAGGAGCAGUGUCUGGCUGUGUUCAAAGGCUUCUACCUGCUCAGGAGCAAGUUGGACAGGGCCCAGCCUGCCAUCACCAAGUGCACCAGCCCGUCCACGGAGCUCAGUGUCACCUCCAGGGAUGCAGCAACGCUGGUGGUCAAGACCAAGGCCUCUCCAGCCAGCAAGUUAGAAGCCAAAGCAGCUUUGAACCAAGCCCUGGAAAUGAAACGCCAGGGCAAGCGGGAGAAAGCCCACAAGCUCUUCCUGCACGCCCUCAGCAUGGACCCGGGCUUCGUGGACGCGCUCAACGAGUUCGGCAUCUUCUCAGAAGAGGACAGGGACAUCAUCCAGGCUGACUACCUGUACACCAGAGCGCUGACCAUCGCGCCCCACCACAAGAAGGCGCUGGUCAACCGCGACCGCACGCUGCCGCUGGUGGAGGAGAUCGACCAGCGGUACUUCAGCAUCAUCGACAGCAAAGUGAAGAAGGUCAUGUCCAUCCCCAAGGGCAACUCGGCACUGCGCCGGGUCAUGGAGGAGACGUACUACCACCACAUCUACCAUACAGUGGCCAUCGAGGGCAACACUCUCACCCUCUCCGAGAUCAGGCACAUCCUGGAGACCCGCUACGCCGUGCCAGGGAAGAGCCUGGAGGAGCAGAACGAGGUCAUCGGCAUGCACGCGGCCAUGAAGUACGUCAACACGACGCUGCUCUCCCGCAUCGGCUCUGUCAGCAUCGGCGACGUGCUGGAGAUCCACCGGCGGGUGCUGGGGUACGUGGAUCCCGUGGAAGCCGGCCGCUUCCGCACGACGCAGGUCCUGGUGGGCCACCAUGUCCCGCCCCACCCUCAGGAGGUGGAGAAGCAGAUGCAGGAGUUCACCCAGUGGCUCAACUCGGAGGACGCCAUGAACCUGCACCCGGUGGAGUUUGCGGCCCUGGCGCACUAUAAACUCGUCUACAUCCACCCCUUCAUCGACGGCAACGGAAGGACCUCGCGCCUGCUCAUGAACCUCAUCCUCAUGCAGGCGGGCUACCCGCCCAUCACCGUCCGCAAGGAGCAGAGGUCCGAGUACUACCACGUGCUGGAGGUGGCCAACGAAGGCGACGUGAGGCCGUUCAUCCGCUUCAUUGCCAAGUGCACAGAGACCACCCUGGACACCCUGCUCUUUGCCACCACGGAGUACCCUGUGGCACUGCCAGAGGCCAGACCCAACCACUCUAGGUUCAAGGAGACGCUGCCUGUGAAGCCCUAACGCUCCAAAUCCUCCCUUGGUGGCAAAGGAUGUCCCAGGGGGGAAUAAAUCCAAGAAACUCAGCAUUUCUAGAAACCUAGUCAUCUCCCAGAGCAAGAGGAAGAUGGGUAAGGAACUUAAACAUUCUUUCCAAAAGCAUUCUUUCCAAAUGCUUCUUUAAAGAAGAAAACUAAAUUAUUAAGCCUUGUCCCUAAGAUAACUUAUAAUUGAGCCCAGUUAUUUAUUUCCCUCUGAGCUGGUAAUGUGUGGUGUCAGCUGUCUGUGCUGGUGGCCCCGAUCCUUGGGGUGGCCCCAGCAGGCUUUGGGGGCAUCAGUGCUCCUUGUGUGACCAGAACACAGGUUCUGGAGCAGAAUCUGCACUGCAGUGGGGGAGCUGUGGGAUGAGGUCUGGAGGAGUAACUCCUUGCAGCCCUUUCUGGAACCGGCCGCAAGGGUCCGUGACUACCUGAGAGAAGUCAGCACGGCUGAGGAGAACCCGGUCGCAGCUCUGAGAAGUGACUGAAAGCUUCCUUGCGUACAGGUGUUGGCUCCCCUACCAAGAGGUUAGUGUUGUGACUAAUCCUUACAGGCAGAGCAAGUUUCUGAGAGAUGAAAUGAACGUUUACAAUAUAUCUAGUUAGAUACCUCGCUUAUUUCAAGGAAGAUUCUUUGAGCCAUAGUUUGCAAACUCCGGUACCAGAGGCUGUUAUUUUGCCACAUCGACCGUUUCUCUAAUUAAGAACAGGGGCAUGGCUGUCCUGGGUUCUUUGUAUUGAUGUUUCUCACAUUUGCAGCAAUUCAGACCAGAUGUUUCAGUCUAAAGGUUCUUCUGGGUUUGUCACUUAACAAAUCCUGCUGCAAAUCAGGCAUUAGGACACAUCUGAAGACAGACGCCUAGUCAGUACCCAACAAGCAUUUGUGAGGAGUCGGAGCGCCAGUUCACAGGAGCCGAGAAACACCUUUGAUCGCAGCCAGGAUGCGUCCCUUUAAUCCACUCACCUGCCCCCACAGCCAUUGUCCCCUCGGGGAAGCAGAGCAGAUGGCUUUGGAGUGGCCUUAUGUUCCUAGCAACUUGUUAAAGGAUAAAAUGUUACAUGUAACAAAGCCAAGUUUCCAAGUUGGCUGCUGCUGUUUAGUCUGAAUGGCUGGAAGCCAUUGGGUCCCUUUUCCAGUGACCGAGCUGGCGAUGUCUAACACUGUACGCACUUUGUCAGUGUCUGAAUGCUGGUGAGUAUCCACCGAGUGUUGUCUGAUUGGAAAAUUCAGAUCCUUAUAGUAAUGAGGACACUAUUCUGCUGCAGUGUUUAUACAGUUAUUUAAUUGUAUAAUAAGCAUGGAGUAAUUUUCUGAAAGAUUAAUAAGUGAAAAGAUGUAUGAAAUGGCCCCAAGUGAUAGUUAUUCAAACCUUGAUAAAAAAUAUUUUUGUAUUUGUAUGCUGCCAUAAGGUAUUUCUUAAACCUUAACUCUUCUAUCGUCUUGCUCUUUAUAAGCACACCAAGGAAGCCUGACAGAAGUGCUUGCUUUGUACUAGAGGGAGAAAUUUGCACUUUAGCUAUGUGAAGAGUAUUAUUUUAACAAAUUACUAAUAAAGUAAAGUAUUUUGUUACAUAAAUGCCUGAGACUUUGCUACCUUAUUCAAGAGAAAGAUGUUCCCAUCUAUCCUAAGCGUGAGGGAGGGAUUCUUUCAGAACUUUAGCCCUAUUCUUUCUUUAUAUUGUUCUGGGAGAAAAACAGAUCCAAGAUGGUAAUUAUUUCAACAAGACGAGACAGAACUGGUUGGUUAUGCUGACAGGGAUGUAGCGCUGAUCUUGCACUAAGACACGAGUAGCUCAUGUAUCUAUUUACCAUCAGUUUUUUUCCCCCCAGGACUACAUAAACCCACUCCUAAGUUCCUGAAAAUCUAUUUCUAGAACAGUCAACACCCUGCACCUAAAUCGGGUCCUGCUCGAGUCUGAAAGGUCCACCUCUGUAACAAGCCCCUGUGGACAUUUGAGAGGGUGAAGUGAGGUCAGAGGAUUGGCAACAGCAGGAGAACAAAACCGUUUAGCACCACAUGACCUGGAUUGCUAAGGAAAGGUCCAUGGCCCCUUGGUCCCCGACUGACCCACAUCCUCUCACCCACGGAAUGGGCCUCUCUGCAGGGAAGUGGAUGGCCGGCCAUCCCAGAGAACACAGUUUCUUCUGACUGCUUCACAGCCGCUGCUUGAAUUUCAAAAACACCUAACAACAAACGUUCUGUGCAGAAGAUAAAGAUGAGGUACAGAGAACCUAUCAACUAAAAAACUUAUUUACAAAACAACAAACAGGGAAUUGGAGAUUUGCCUGGAUGGUUGAUAACAUUAAGGUAUUACUGCUAAUGUUUCUAGAAAUGAUAAAACCACGGCGUUUAAGUCCUUAGACAUACAUGCUACAGUGUUACUGGGUUAGCACUAAUGAUGUCUGGGAUAUCCCUCCAGAACACAGGGGAUACAAGAGGGGCAGGAGGUGGAGAUGAAGACGGGCUACGAGCUGAGCAAUGCUGAAGCUCGAUGACAAGCACACGGGGCUUAGUUUACUAUUCUACUUAUCUGUUUCAACUUGUCCAUUAAAAAUGUUAAGUUAAAAAAUAUAGGAAAGCCUGAAUGAUGCAUAAAACCUUUAGAAAUAGAUAAAUGAGCUGAUUUUCAUGACAGGAAAGAAUUCCGAUUUUUUUCCCCAGAGUGCCUUUAUAAAGUCAGUUUCCCUACUGAACUGUAAAGUCAGUUUCCCUACUGAACUGCCAAUGUCACUUUCAAAGCAAUAAAUACUGGAUAA